GCAACCUGUUCGACAGUUGUUUGAAAAAUUGCGAAGUGGCUCGUCGUGUCGAAAAGCAUCAGCAAAGAAAGGAAACCAAUACUUUUCCAACAACGAACAUUGCGUUUUAAGAUAACUGUUUUGGGGGGAAAGAUAAGAGGUACGGAUAUUUGGACCAAGGAAGAAAUAAAAAAGACAGAGAAAGAGAUCCAAUUAAGCGUACGAAGAUUAUAAUAAGAAAAUUAUAAACAUUGUUCGAUUUUCAUCAUGACUGCGCUUCCAAACGAAGUGAUAAAAGGAUACUUAUUCCUGAACGACCAUUUAGCAGAUCCACGUACAAAAGAUUUCUUUCUGGUUGACACACUAUGGCGGCUCCCACUUUUGAUUAUAUUCUACAUGUAUAGCAUAUAUGUUCUUCUGCCGAAGUUUAUGGAAAAAAGGGUACCGUACAAGUUGAACAGAAUAUUACAGAUAUAUAAUGUCUUACAAAUUAUAUUUAACAUGUACUUAUUUUAUAUGCUAUUAAAUACAGCUUGGUUAAGGGGAUACAAUUUUAAUUGCGAACCUGUCGAUUACUCGUAUACACCAAAUGCAAUACAGAUUGCCAGAUUGGUGUGGUAUUACUUCAUGCUCAAGAUCGCAGAUCUGCUGGAGACAUUCUUCUUUGUACUUAGAAAGAAACAAAGUCAAGUCAACUUCCUUCACGUAUAUCACCACUGUGGCAUGGUAAUAGCGGUUUGGACUGCCCUUAAAUAUUAUCCCGGUGGUCACGGUACAUUUAUAGGAGUAAUCAACACACUCGUUCAUUCGAUUAUGUACACGCACUAUUUGUUGUCAUCUAUGAAAAUAGACACGAAAUCAUGGAAGAAGCAUAUCACUCAGCUACAAAUGCUGCAAUUCUUUAUAUUGGCGUAUCACACUUCUCAAUUACUGUGGAUGGAUUGCGGUUACCCGCUAUGGCCAGCACUGGUGUUGCUGCCGCAACAAGUUUUCAUGCUUGUAUUAUUUGCGGACUUUUACUACUACGCGUACAGUAAGAAGAAGCCGACAAGUACAGUAGCGACGACGAAAAUGGAGAUGGACGGCGUCCCCGCGAAAAUCUCAAGUGGCAAAUUGAAAGAGCGAUAAUUUCGCGUGGCGUAUUAUCCGCUCGAUUUGUCUCUGUUAUUAUAUUUUUAUUUUUAAUGUAUCGGUAUCAAAUUGUUAAAUGUUAGUCCUUUAUUACUUAUGAACUCGCAAUGAAGUUAUCGCAUUUCACAACAGUUUCGCUCACAAUAUACAAUGUACAUCGGCUGUUUGAUUAAUCACGAAUCUAACAAUAAAGAACUUACGGUUUUGGACAAAA